AUGUCGGACCAACCUAUGGAGCAGGACAAGUAUGUCGAUACCGCCGUGCGCGCUGUCACCAACAAGCGCCCCGUCCCCGAGAUCGAUUUUACACUUCACACCAUGGAGGACGGCACCCAGGUUAGCACUCUGGAGAGAGUGUGCAAGGACGUGCAAGCGCCCGCCUUCCACCCGCCGACCGACGAGCAAUUCUUCUCUCCCUCAGACCCCAACAAGCCCAACCUUCAAUUCCUCAAGCAACACUUCUACCGAGAGGGUCGUCUUACCGAAGACCAGGCGCUAUGGAUUCUGAGCGAGUGCACAAAAGUCCUCGAGAGAGAGCCCAACCUUCUGGAGAUGGACGCUCCCAUCACCGUUUGUGGUGAUGUCCACGGUCAAUACUACGAUUUGAUGAAGCUGUUUGAAGUCGGUGGUGAUCCCGCAGACACGCGCUACCUCUUCUUGGGCGACUACGUCGACCGUGGCUACUUCAGUAUCGAGUGUGUUCUCUACCUCUGGUGUCUCAAGAUCUGGUAUCCCAACACCUUCUGGCUCAUGCGUGGUAACCACGAGUGUCGCCAUUUGACCGAUUACUUCACCUUCAAGCUCGAGUGCAAGCACAAAUAUUCUGAGGCCGUGUACGAGGCCUGCAUGAAGUCGUUCUGCGCUCUUCCCCUCGCUGCUGUUAUGAACAAGCAGUUCCUGUGUAUCCACGGUGGUCUCAGUCCCGAGCUGCACACACUCGAGGAUCUCAAGAGCAUUGACCGUUUCCGUGAGCCUCCUACCCACGGUCUUAUGUGCGAUAUUCUCUGGGCCGACCCGCUUGAAGACUUUGGUCAGGAGAAGACGCAAGAAUACUUUGUCCACAACCAUGUCAGAGGAUGCUCAUACUUCUUCUCAUACCCCGCUGCUUGUGCAUUCUUGGAGAAGAACAACCUGCUUUCUAUCAUUCGCGCACACGAAGCUCAGGACGCUGGAUACCGCAUGUACCGCAAGACCAGAACUACUGGAUUCCCUAGUGUCAUGACCAUCUUCAGUGCACCCAACUACCUGGAUGUGUACAACAACAAGGCUGCUGUCCUCAAGUACGAGAACAAUGUCAUGAACAUUCGUCAAUUCAACUGCACACCUCACCCAUACUGGUUGCCCAACUUCAUGGAUGUCUUCACAUGGUCGCUUCCUUUCGUUGGCGAGAAAAUUACUGACAUGCUCAUUGCCAUUCUCAACACGUGCAGUAAGGAGGAGCUCGAGGAAGAGACCCCUCUCUCGUCUGGACCUCACUCGCCACCUCUCCCAUCGAGCAGUGUUGCAAACAUGGACCCGGAUAGUACCGAGUACAAGCGCCGCGCCAUCAAGAACAAGAUUUUGGCUAUCGGACGUUUGUCGAGAGUGUUCCAGGUUCUGCGCGAGGAGUCAGAGCGUGUCACCGAGUUGAAGACAGCUAGCGGUGGAAAGCUGCCCGCCGGUACUCUGAUGCUGGGAGCUGAGGGUAUCAAGCAGGCCAUCACGAACUUCGAGGAUGCUCGCAAGGUUGAUUUGCAGAACGAGAGACUCCCUCCUUCGGGCGAGGAGGUUAGAAGAAACAGCGAUGCAGCCAGAAACGAUGCUCUGAUGCGUGCGGCGCAGGAAGCCGAGAGCGACCAGAAGCUGGCUGGUGUUGCCAGAAGGAUAAGCAUGUGA